UGGCUUUCACCCACCCUGCGAAAACUGCAAUCGGACUCGCCCGUGGGUUUUGAGGUGAAGUCCGAGUUCGAGAUCUCAUGGGUGGGCUCCAUGUUGGGAAUGGGCUCGGUGACGGGCAAUAUUCUCAUAGGGUCCCUGCUCGGGCGCCUGGGCAGCAAAAGGUGUCUGCUAUUCAUUGCGAUUCCCCACUUGUGCCUGUGGAUCCUGGUCUACUUUGCCCAGAGUGUAGAGUACCUGUACGUGGGAAGACUUUUGGCUGGCAUCUGCGGCGGUGGCAUGUACAUUGUUCAUCCCAUUUUCCUCAGUGAAAUAGCAGAUGCCAACAUCCGAGGAACAUUCUCCGCCAUGGUUAUGUUAUCGGUCAAUGUCGGCAUUCUAUUGGGCUAUAUAAUGGGCACCCACUUGCCGUACUACUCGAUUCCCUGGAUAGUGCUGAUAUUGCCCCUGUGCUAUCUCAUUUCCGUGUUGCUGUUCAUCAAGGAAUCGCCCAUGCAUCUGAUAAGAAUUGGCAAAUACUCGGCAGCUGAAAGAUCAUUCCGGUAUUAUAAGAACAUCAAGGACUCGGAUAAUAUUCACGAUCAGAGCCGAGCUAUGGAGGAGUUUGAGAUCAUGAAAAUUGCACUAACUAAAGGGGAUACGCAGCAGGAUAACAUCACUUUUAAGGACUUUUGUUCACGACCUGCUCUCAGGGCCUAUGGUCCCGCUCUGGUCCUGCUGAUUGCCAAUCAGUUCAGCGGUCUCUUCACCAUGGUCAACUACAUGUCGGACAUAUUUGCCAAGUCGGGCAGCACAAUGGAUCCCGAUACCUGUACCAUCAUAAUUGGAGCUGUCCAGAUUUUGGGCACCUAUGUGACCACUUUGCUGUGCGACAUCUGUGGCCGCAAACUGCUCAUGUUGGUUUCCACGGGGGGCGUGGCCAUCAGCCUGACAGCCUUUGGUUGCUUCACCAAAUAUGCGGAAAGUCAUGACGUCAGCGAGUACAGCUGGAUACCCCUGCUGCUCAUGUCGAUGGACAUUUUCCUGGGGAACAUCGGACUGGUGGGCUGCUUCUUCGUCAGCCUCGUGGAAAUGUUUCCCGUGAAGAUACGUGCCAAGGCAGCCUCAAUGGCAAUUGUGGUUUGCAGCAGCUUCGUCUUCGUUAUGCUAAACAUUUUCCCAAUUUGCAUGAAACAAUGGGGAAUAUCCGCAACUAUGUGGUCGUGUGCAGGUGUCACAGCCUUCAGCUUCGUUUACUUUACGUAUUACAUGAAGGAAACGAAGGGCAAAUCCAUGCUGGAUGACUAGACAGGAAUGUUGGCAAGGGAUUUCAAUAAAAUGAACGAAUUUGA